UCUCUUCCGGUCUCCGGUUUCACUUCACCUUGCCCCUAACUCCGUACGUUUUCAACCCCCCCUCCCAGUUGUAAUUAGUCGACACUUACGCGCAGCACGCAGCUGCAGCGAGUGAAAAUCCCUAAUUCCACUCACUGAAUCCCAACAGAACAACAAAGUCAAAAUCCAAAACCCUAGGAGAAGAACAACAAAAUCACUAGAGAGAAACUUGGAUAAAUGUAGAGAGAGAGAGAGAAAGACAGUAGAUAGAUAGAGAGAUAGUGAAAAUCUGUUUGGAGCCCUAGAAAUCCGCAGAGAUGGCGUCGUCGAAGGUGAUGCCGUCUUCGACUUCGAGAAAUUCGGAUCUAAGACGAAGAUCAUCAACUUCAUCUACAAAAUCAUCCAUCUCCGAGCUCUACAACAUCAACCACCACAGUAAUAAUCAACAUCGUCAACAGUCUAACAACAGCGACAACAAUCCAGGAUCGAUGACCGUCGACGGGCUCUUGCGAAAUGUCUACGGCGACAAUCAAGCCUCCGACAGCACGCUACUUGACGCUGAAAUCACCUUGUUAGAUGCCGCCGGUGCCGUGACCGCCAUCAGCGACAAUGAAGCGAGCGGAACGCCGACGAUUCGGCGGCAGGAGAGUGCUUCGAGUGCCGGUGGGAAGACGGUUGAUGAAGUGUGGAGGGAGAUCGUGGCCGGGCGGAGUGACAGGAGGGAGGGUAAACAGGAGGUGCCGGAUGACGAGAUGAUGACGCUGGAGGAUUUUCUGGCGAAGGCCGGGGCGGUGGAGGAACAGGACGUGAAGGUUGAGCCGUUGAUGCUCCCAUCGGAGAGGUUGAGUGGAGGAUUAUUUUCGUUUGAUUCGAUUCCGGCGAGUCCGUUUCCAACUCAUAGUGUUGAUGGUGUGAUAGGGUUUGGAAAUGGAGUGGAGGUGAUUGGAGGAAGAGGGCGGAAAAGAGCUCUUUUGGAGCCCUUGGACAAGGCUGCUCAGCAGAGACAGAGGAGAAUGAUUAAGAACAGAGAGUCUGCAGCGAGGUCAAGGGAGCGAAAGCAGGCAUACCUAGUGGAACUAGAAUCCUUGGCAGUGAAACUGGAGGAGGAGAAUGAACGGCUGUUGAAAGAGAAGGAACAGAGGACUAAGGAAAGGUACAAGCAGCUCAUGGAGACAGUGGUCCCGGUUGUGGAGCAGCGAAGACCACCACGUGUCCUCAGGAGAGUUCGUUCCAUGGACUGGUAGUUGUAUAUUUAUGGAUGAGGCAUGAGAUGGACACUAAACUAAUUAUUCUGACAUACCGGGGGGCAAUAAAAGAGGGCAAGGUUUCUGUGAAACCUUCUUUUGUUGAAUCAGAUGCUUCCACUGUGGUCACUGUCCGAUAGUACUUAUGGUUCCUACCACAUAGAAAAAGGGUAUAGAUCACAACGUGUGUCAUGAAAUUCAUUAUUAAGGGAGAAAGGAGGACUUCCAUUAAAAGAGAUCAAUGGAGCGGGAUUUAGUUGUUGCUUCUUGUAGUUGAUAUGUGUUGCAAUACAAGCUUCUUUUCCCCAAAGUGCUUAAGUAAAGGGGAGAGGAGAUCCUAGGUCGGGAUACUGUAUUUAUGUGUUUAACAGUUUAUGGGAGUUCCUCUUGAUAAUUAUUUUGGAUUGGAGAUUAGUGUCUUGUCUAUAUUUUGGUGGACCUUGUUUUGUGAUUAUCUUACUGGAGAAGAUGUAUGUGUUGGUCAAAAAUGGAAAUCAACUGUUGGAGUUCAAUUCUUCUUGUUA